AUGGCGGUCGAAGCCGAGGACGUGCGCGAUCUCGUGUGCAGCAAUGCGGACGCUGUACCGCGUGUGAACGAUGCGCUCCGGCUCGAAGUUCAUCACGCCAGAAAUGGGCCGUCCAAUGCUUCCCCCGGAGCCUGUCGCCCUGUCGCACGACCGGGCAAACAUCCCUUCCGGCGCAGCAGCCACGUAGAGCACGAGAUCGGCCUCCGCCACACCAACUGA